AUGGAUAAUGACUCUAAUGAUGCAACUACCUCAACGACACCAGUUUCUAGAGGUCAACAGAGGUCUGCAGUAUUCACUUCAGUUUUAUCUUCUGGGCCAGCGUCUUCUCUUGCAACAACGUCCGUAAGGGCAACUGCAUCAAAUUCAAGACAAGUCAGGCAGAAUUGGUGGGGAUAUAUUGUUGAGAACUUUAGAUCUAUAUCUAGAACCUCAAAGGUUUUAUUAAUUCUGAAUUUAACAAUGGUUCUAAUUCAGGUUGUUGUAACUAUAACAGUGCUUGUAAUUUCACGUCAUCAAGAAUGCGAUAAACCACUAAGGCUGUUUCUUAUCCUAUACAUUGCUCGUGUGAUAGUAGCUUGUCCAGUCAAUGUAUAUUUGUAUUUAAAUCCUAGAGAAAAUAGACGUGGUGGGCAAAAUCCAAAUGAAAAUGAAAAUCAAAGAAGGGAUGGAUGGGUUGACCGACUAAAAUCUUUUUUAGACCUUUUUGCUACUUUAUGGUUUAUUAUUGGCAAUUACCUACUUUUCACUACCGUUAAAUGUCAAAGCACUUCACCGCCAGUGUUUUACCUUUCUUUGACAUGGGUUAUUGUUGGUUAUAUUAUUAUUACCAUUCCAAUAUUACUGUGUCUGGCUGUUAUAUUCUGUCUACCAUGUGUAUUAGUGGCAAUGAGAAUGUUAAACGUUAGCGAAGCUACUGGAAUGAGUGGCGCAAAAGAUGAUAUUAUUCAAAAGAUCCCUUUAGUAAAAUAUAAAGCAUCUGUAGAAGAAUCAACCGAUACUGUUAUAACAAUGCCUCCACAAACCUCAAGUAUGACACCAAGUAAUGAUGAAACACAGCCACCAAGACAAGAUCAACCACGUAAAAAAUCUCGGUUUAAACAACUUUUUGGUAGCAAUCGCAAGGGAUCUUCAACUUCUUCGGCUCCAACAGUUUCACCUCCUUUUCCUAUUCCAAACUCCGACGAUGCAGUUUGCUCAAUUUGUUUAGAACCUUAUGAAGAUGGUGUUGAAUUAAGACGUUUAUGGUGUUCACAUCAUUUUCAUAAAGAGUGUGUAGAUGAAUGGCUUAAGUUAAAUAAAAAAUGUCCGAUGUGUCGCGAGGAUGUAGAAGAGAUGGCUGCAGAACAUAGUAGUAAGAAAGGGAAAACUACUAUCACAAACACUAAUAAUAAUAACACUGCUGGUGAAGGUAGCAGUACCAACACUACUGGUCAAGUAAAUAUCAAACCUUAA